AUGGGAAGGUAUGUUUGGGACAUUGAAAGUAAGAAAGAUUAUUUAUUUAUCAAAUGGAUUCAUAAUGUGUAUUUGAAAGAUGGUAGUUGGUGGGAUUAUAAACCACCUUCCAAUUGUUGCUGGUCAUGGAGAAAAAUUGUACGUGUGAAGAAUAAGCUGAAACAAAGAACAGAUUCUACUGGUUUUGUGCAGCAGAGACAUAAAAUUCAACAUACCUAUCAGCUUCUUUUUGAUAACAGGGAAAGGCUCUCUUGGUCCAAGAAUGUUUGGGAUAGGUUAAUCAUUCCCAAGCACAAGUUUAUUCUAUGGCUUGUCUUCUGGGGAAGGCUAAACACCAAAGAGAGGAUAGGUAAAUACAACACAACCAUUGAUUUGACAUGCAUACUUUGUGGACAAGAAGAAGAAUCAAGUAAUCACUUAUUCUUUGAGUGUGAGUAUAGCCGAAAGUGCUUAAAGGGGAUUCAUUCUUGGCUGCAAUGGAGAUCGACAACAACUAAUAUGCAGCAGCUAGCAAAUAAUAUCAGCAAAAACAAAGCAGUACCGACUGCUAGGAGGAGCAUUUUGAGAACAAUUCUUGCUGGGCUGGUAUAUCACAUUUGGAAAGCCAGAAAUGAUGUGUUUUGGCAUCACAAAAUGUGGCAUACAAAGGUCAUCAUACAACAGAUACAACAGGAAUGUAAACUCAUGAUUUUGGGGGUGUCAACCAAGCUCACUGAAGAGGAUAAACAAUGGUUGUUAGGAAGUUAA